AUGACAGUUGCUCGCGGCCUCCAAACUCCUGCCACUCCUAAGCCUGUACCUGCUGUGCCCAAUUUCACAAAGAACACCAACAAGCGGUGGCCCCCCAUGGCAAACCGAAACGCUCUUCCAUAUAAGCUCACCGUCAUCUCCAAGGAGAAGCUCACUCGGGAGGCCACCGCGCCUGAUCCCGACCUCCGCCGCUGCGUGGCUCACUUCCGGUUACAUUGUGGAUCUGUCCUCUGGACUGAGAAUGAUAUGAAGUCUCGCAUUAGCUCCUUCGACUUUGAGGAGACGGACGAAGAAGAUGAGAACGACCUUCCCGAAAUCAAGAUACCCGAGACAAAAAAUGCCUUUGUCCGAGUCGAAGCAACUGAGACACCCAUUGACAUGGACAUUGGCACAUCUCAAUCAUCUCAACUACCUCUCGAUAAUGGGCUAUUCCCAGAUCAGAGCCACUGCAUUGAAAUGACCUCAAAAAAUAACCUCUACUGCAUCUCUGUUUCUCCCAUUGCAGGUUAA